AUGGAUAAGAAAUUGGACCUGUCCAAACUCACAGACGAGGAGGCCAAACAUGUGUGGGAAGUGAUCCAGCGAGACUUCGAGCUGAGAAAGAAAGAGGAGGAGAGGCUAGGGGAGCUGAAGAAUAAGAUUGAGAAAGAGGACAGCAAGAGAGAGCUUCUCAGCUCACAGGCCACCCUGGUCGACUCGCACUGCAUCCGCUGCCUGCAGCCUUUCAAGUUUCUGGUGAACAGUAAGAGACAGUGCUUGGACUGCCGCCUGUACACCUGCAAAAGCUGCAGCCGCUACAGCAAGAAGGAGCACGGCUGGGUCUGCGACCCAUGCCGCAUGGCCAGGGUCCUGAAGUUCGGAACCCUGGGGUGGUACCACGACAACGUGCGCUCCCGCUUCAAACGCUUUGGCAGCGCCAAGGUCAUGAGGUCACUGUACAAGCGAUUAAACGAAGAGGGCGGGAGGGACGAUGACACACAAAGCAUGCCCGAGGUCCGAAAUGUUCACAACGGGCAUGAGGAUGACCACUUGGAUGCUGCUGAAGCCCAGCGUUAUAAACAGAUGCGAAAGACCAAACGACUGCUUUCUGUCCACCCACUGGAACUGGAUAUGGACGAGUAUUCCACCCACUCAAGGCGACAGUCUAUCCAGUAUAUUCAGGAGGAGCGUGGAAUCCCAAGGAAUGAUCUGGAUUACAGUGACGCGCACUACUCCUAUCACCACCGCAUGAACCGCAGGAAAAGCUUAGACAGAUUCUCACGUCCAGAUGACGGGCUCUAUUCAGAGCACAGGAUGGUGCGGGCCCGCUCUUUGUCCAAAAUCAACUCCUUCCCGCAGCGUACGCAUUACCUCGACACCUCAGAGGAGGAGGACGCCUACCGCCUCCCCGUGUACCAGCUGCCUCCUCGCCGACGCAGCCGAGCCUCCUCGCAGGAGAACAUCAACAUGGGGGCACCACCGAUUAAUGAACUUAGCAAACGGAUGUCUGCCAUAGAGAGCGUCCUGAAUCGUCUUGAGGAGAAGAUAACUGUGCCUCCUGAACAGCAACCGGCCCAGCCCACGGCGGCUCAGCUGGAGGAGGAGAAGCUCCGUAGGAAACUGGACGAGUUGAUGAGCGACAAAGCGCUUUCCUCGGACGAGGACGAGCCUAAGAAGAGCGCUCUACCCAAGGCGGCAGGCGUUAGGAGGGGUUCCCGCUCAGACUCUGCUCCCGUGGCUCCGGUGCCACGAGAGGCUGAUCUUAGUUCUUCCAGCGAUGAAAUGCCGACUGACGCUCAGAAGAGAUCCACCGCGGCUGCCCUAUGUGACCUCACCACAGAAGUUUUAAGAACCAUUAAUGCUACAGAAAAAGCAAUGACCGAGUUGGCCCCCUCGGAGCCAAAUGACAGACCUCAGUUAGCGGGCACAGAUGUAAAGCAGGCCGAUGAAGCGUUCAGGGAGCUUGAGGAAAAUGUGUACCUGACAGCAGGCAAGUCCUUCGACAUGGAGCGAAAGUUGAGGGUCCUGGAGCAGAACACCAAAAACCGCUACACCGGCGCCUUCUCCGACUCCGAGCUGUCCGAGCUGGAGGAUCAGGUUGCCAUGGCAGCAGCCAAGGUUCAGAGCACAGAGAGUGAGGUGUCAGACAUAGAGAAUAAGAUAGCUGCUCUCAGUGCGACAGGCGUGUCCCUGGAUAAAGUCAAGAAAAAGGUGUCAAGCAUGCAGCAAAGAAGAAAGUUUUCCCAAGACUUUCCUGGCAAUAGAGGACAUUACUGA